GCACUGUCAACUGUGCUGAUACCUCUCAUUCUGUGCUGAGCUGCCGUGGGGGGUGGGUGUGCUGACUCUUGCUUUAAUUUGUGGUAACUGUGUCGUCUCUGGUCCACUAUGGACACGGGCGUAAGAAACAGGAAGAAUAAAUCUUCGCCUGAAGCUGAGAAAGCCGUCAAGGGCAAGAUAGAGGAAAUAACGUCGGUUGAUAAUCAUAACAUGCUUAAGGAAAGCAUUGAAAAGCUCAAGCACCUGAAUGAAAAUAUUAACAGGGACUCGGUGUGUGACGGUGGCCCCAAGACUGACACCACCACCCUGGACCGCAAGGGUGAUGGAGAGUCUGCCCCAGACACACCACCACCAGAAACAGCCCCAGAAGAUUCUCUCACCACUCCCUCCCCCACCACAACCACUCCCUCCACCACCACAACCACUCCCUCCACCACCAGGACCACAGAAUCCACCACCAAACCCUCCGUAACACAAAAGUCCUCCGCACGUCAAAAAUCUAAAAAUGCUGCCAAGUCUGCCGCUGCCGCCCCUCCCUUGGAGCUCAGCUUGCGACUGGAUGGCAUGUCCGUGUUCUUAUUUGUAUUGGCUUUUAUUACUCGCAUCUGGAAACUAGAGACUCCUAAAGGCAUUGUGUUUGAUGAGCUUCACUAUGGGAAAUAUGCAAGUCUUUACAUGCAGAACACUUUCUUUUUUGACUCUCAGCCACCGCUGGGAAAGCAGCUUAUCGCUCUUGCUGCCUAUAUAGCAGGCUUUGAUGGCAACUUCAAAUUUGAUCGCAUUGGUACUCCAUAUGAUCCUGUUGUGCCAGUAUCAGCCAUGAGAAUUGUACCUGCAUUUUUUGGGUCCUUGCUAAUGCCCACAGUAUACAACACAAUGGUAGAGUUGGGACUCUCGCAUUAUACCGGAGCCCUUGCAGCAUUUCUCAUGAUAUUUGAUAAUGCUGUACUGGCACAAUCCCGUUUCAUCCUAAUGGAGGGAAUUCUUAUGUUCUUUGGAGUGUUUGGCCUUCUUUGCAUUUUGAAAUUCCGUCGCUUUUACCAUCAGCCUUACAGCGUGCCUUGGUUUGUCUGUCUCAUUAUUGGAGCUGCAUCCCUCAGUGCCUGUGUAUGUGUUCGAUAUUUUGGUAUAUUCACUUUCCUGCUUGGAUUGGGCAUCUUAACACGUGACUUCUGGAUGAUGGUUGGUGAUCGCCUGGUAUCAGAAAGACAGUUGCUCGGUCACUUCCUCACACGUGCAGUUAUAUUUAUUACCAUACCAGUUGCACUAUAUAUUGGCUGCUUUUAUGUUCACCUUUCGCUGUUAUACAAGGCCGGCCCUAAUGAUAAUAUAAUGACUUCAGCAUUCCAAGCUAGCCUUGAGGGUGGUUUGGCUUCUAUUAUUGCUAAUCAACCAGUGAAGGUGGUUCAUGGGUCACAAAUUACACUGCGGCACACUCAUGGCCGCACCUGUUGGUUGCACUCUCACGAUGCUGUGUAUCCUGUCAAGUACCCGGAUGGGCGUGGCUCCUCACACCAGCAGCAGGUCACAUGCUAUAGCUAUAAAGAUGUCAACAAUUGGUGGAUUGUCAAAAAACCAGAGGUGGAGGAAUUGGUUGUGACUGAGCCACAUGAGCCCAUUAAAAAUGGAGACCUUGUUCAGCUGGUUCAUGGCCUCACCUCUCGGGCCCUCAACUCUCACGAUGUUGCAGCUGGCAUGUCACCACACAACCAAGAAGUUGCUGCUUACAUCGACUACAAUGUGUCUAUGCCUGCUCAGACUACAUGGCGUGUAGAGAUCCUUAACAGUGAACUGUCUGAUGGAUACUGGCAUGCUGUGGAAAGCCAGAUACGCUUAAUUCAUGUGAAUUCCAGUCAGGCUCUCAAAUUUUCCGGGCGUCAGCUUCCAGACUGGGGUUUCCGACAACAUGAAGUAGUUACUGACAAAGUGUUAGACCAGGAAGACACCAUUUGGAAUGUUGAAGAGCACCGCUAUACUAGAACCGAAGACAAGAAAGAACGAGAGAAAGAUUUGCUUCGAUCAGAAAUGAUUCCUAUGGAACGCAAAAAUUUAACAUUUUGGAAUAAACUGUUUGAACUCCAGUACAAGAUGUUAUUUAACAAUCAAGAAAAUGUUGCUGGCCACAUGUAUGCUUCUGAACCACUGGAUUGGUUAUUCCUCAAGCGAGGAGUGGCAUACUGGAUCUCUGCAAACAGUAAUGCUCAAGUACACUUCAUUGGAAACAUUGUUACCUGGUUGUCUGGGACAUUGAGUCUAGUGGCGUAUCUUGGCCUCUUUGUGCUGUAUCUUUUGAGGCGACAAAGAGCAUGCUAUGACCUUCCAGAAGACUCUUGGAACAAAUUCUGCACCUUUGGCGAGGUGCUUGGAAUUGGGUAUGCAGUGCACUACAUUCCUUACUUCCUGGUUGACAGAACACUCUUCCUCCAUCACUAUAUGCCAGCUUACAUCUUCAAACUAUGUAUGUUGGCAGCUAUGAUAGAGCAUGGGCAUUACCUCGUCUCUCAGCACUUCAAGGCCCCUCGAAUUGCCAAGCUGUAUCUGGGAGCUGUUGGUGUCUGGAUGGUAUCUAUCGUUUAUGUAUUUUGGUUCUUCGCCCCUGUCACGUAUGGUACAACUGACCUUACUGCUGACCAAGUGAUGAGCAUGGCUUGGAGGGAAACAUGGGAUCUUAUUAUACAUAAGCAGUAACAAAAUUAAGCAUUUUAAAAAGUAUUAAUUGUUUGUUACUGUAUACAGACAUGUAGGAAGCAUAUAGGUCCAUGUAUUUUUUAUAAAAUUUGGGGAUUAUAUUUUAAUUUAGAAAAAAAAAAACCAGUAAGCACUGUAUUGGUGCAUGAUAGUGUAGUUUUAAAAAAUGUUGAUAAAAAAAAUUUGUUUUUCAUACUUGAGUAUUAUUAAUUAAAUAUAAUUAAAUUGAAAUAUUUUUAUAUUGUACAGUAACAGCUUCCAAAUGUUUGUUGUGGGCUUUCAAUUUAUGGUGUAACAUUAAUACAUGAAGUUGUCACACAUGGUGUAACAUUAGUAUGAAGUAUUACAUGAAGGUGUCAUGCAUGGUGUAACAGUAGUGGAAGUAAUACAUGAAGUUCACUUCUCCAAAACUGUUAAUUGUGAACUUUCUUGGUCUUGACAGUGUUCACACCAUACAUAAUACAACCUAGCAUCAGUCAGUAUUCAUUACACAGUUGUUCACGUACUCACGUUUGACAAGUGGCUACUGCAGGGAGAGUUAAAGAUAAUGCUCAGUUGCAGUUUUUAUUUACAAAAACAAGAUUGUUCUGGAUCUAAAUUGAUAAAUUAAUGCAUUUUUUGAAUAUUUAAAAAACUGUAUGUGCAGUGCUGUAUGACCCAUAUGGGUUUAGUGCUUAAAUUUAUGAUAUUUAAUAUGUGGUAUAUAAACGUUGGUUGAUGUUUACAGUACCUCGGAGUAGGUCUUCCAGUGUAUUCAUCAACUUGUUAAUAUUUUGUUUACCAAAUACCUCUAAAUUUGUUAUUGUUAUAUAGAAAUUUAAGAUGUGACUUUUCUGUUGAUAUUGAAUAUUUAUUAAACCAUCAAAUUGUAGUCAAAAACUAAUAUUUAUUUUAGAUGACUGCUGGAAGUUGGGAAAGAUGCUGACUAGUUUUAAUGCCAUAUAAUCUUGGUGGCGGUGAUAGUAAUGUUAGUCUUAAUAUCUACUAUUUUUGUACAUUUGUUACUUUGAUAAAUAAAACAAUAAUAUUCUUGAAUUAUA